AUGAAGACAACGACGAGUAAUUCAAUGAAACUACCACAUAUAUCUGCCUCAAAACGUGGUCGACAAACCAAUCAGUUACAAUUCAUGUUGAAAGUUUUAUUCAAAACUUUAUGGAAACAUGAAUUUUCGUGGCCUUUCCAGAAACCAGUCAAUGCUGCUAGAUUGAAUCUACCCGAUUACCACAAAAUUGUCAAAUAUCCUAUGGAUCUUGGCACGAUAAAAAAACGCCUAGAAGCAAAUUAUUAUUAUAGUGCAAAAGAAUGUAUAACUGAUUUGAAUAUGAUGUUUACCGAUUGUUAUUUGUAUAAUAAACCAGGCGAAGAUAUUGUUAUCAUGGGAUCGACGCUCGAGCAAGUUUUCUAUGAAAAAUUAGCUGAAAUGCCGUCAGAUGAAAUUGAAAUAAUACCUCAGUCAUCGAAAACAAUUGCGUCGAAAGGCUUGGGAACCGGAAAUUUAGCUACGUCAGUUAUCUCGCCGUCAACACCAAGUGAAAGUUUACAUUCUCCAUUAGCAUCUCCAUCAACUCCAUCGAUUACGACUCGUGGCAAUACUUCACAUCCAACUGGUAUGACAGCUUUGUCUCGACAUCGUUCGUCAUCGGCAACAAAUCCCAGUGGUGUUACGUCACCAUUUUCUCCUACGAACGCCAACUCAAAUCAUAUUGAUCACAGUGGACAAUCACUGUCUCCACCAUUAGCGUCACAAUCGAUGCCGAAUGCCGCAGCACGUACAAACCCUUUAACUGCAACAAAACUCGGAACAGAAGUCAAUCUCGAUACAUCGUCAUCUAGUACGAAACGAAAAGGUGAUAUGACUGAUGAUCCAGCGAACAACGAUUCGAAUAAAAUUCUCGCUCGCCGCGAUAGUGCGACACGACGAACAAAUAGCGUUAGUGGACCAUUCAAAAGAACGAAAUACGAUAGUAGCUUUUCGAUUGACUCAAACGAUCCAACGUCGAAACGACCGAAAAAUCGUAUGACGGAACAGUUAAAAUAUUGUCUCAGUAUCGUAAAAGAUUUAUUACAUAAGAAGAAUUUGUCGUUUGUUUGGCCGUUUGCUAAACCAGUUGAUGUGGAAAAUCUUAAUUUAACAGAUUAUCAUCUAAUUGUUAAAAAACCAAUGGAUCUUGGAACAGUGAAAAAAAAACUUGAAAAUCGCGAAUAUGCCACCCCAGACGAAUUCGCUGCUGACGUGAGACUUAUAUUCAGCAACUGUUACCUUUACAAUGCACCCACAACAGAUGUCGUAGCAAUGUGUAAAAAAGUCGAACAACUGUUUGAAAAUAAAUAUGCAAAACUACCCGAUGAACCACCAGUAACAAAUUUAGAUCUAGAUCCAUCGCCAUCGACUACUGCUGUACGUAGUAAUGGGUCAUUACCUACUCAAGCACGACAACGCAAUCGUAAAUCAUCGAAGAACUUUACAAAUACAAGUGCAAGUGGUGCACAAUCGUCGAUGGUAACAAGUUCGGACGAAGGCGGAUCGAGUGAUGCAAGUUCAGGUGAUGAAAUGCAAAUUGCCGAUGAAAACACUCUACGGCAAUUACGUACUCUUCAAGAUCAAUUAAAAUAUUUCGGUGAUACAAUUAAUCAAUUGAUUCAGAGAGAAAAUGAUCGUUUGUCAAUACGUCGUAAACGUAAACAUAAAGUUAAACGAAAUAAAACCAAAGUUCGAGGUCCACGACAAACGUCAACUUUAUCACAUCUUAAUACACCUGUUCCAAAUACACUUAAUGAUCCAAAUCGUUUAUCUUCAUUGUCAUCAAAUCCUUCCUUAUUGCCACCGAAUGCUUUUCUUGGUACACAACCAGCUAUGCCACCAACUGCGACACGAAACCCUCAAUUACCAACUGCUUCGAAGAAAACGGCAAAUUCGACUCUUGCUGGUUUACUUACACCCACAUCUUCAACUGGCUAUCCAGCAAGUGGUGCUCUUCCGGCUCCGAACGGCACAAGUCAAUUUAGUAAUGCCCAUCCGAGUCAAUAUCUUGUAAAUGACACAAAUACUCCUAAACCGCAAGCAACGAAAAAUGUCACGCCAAUGACGGGUAUCAGCGCUGGUUUAGCCGGUCGUACUCCUGGCAAAGGUAGUCGCGCCACAGGUGGAAGUGGUACUGGAGCAAAACGAGCACCGAAGAAAGCACCUGCAGUAGCGACAGCAGCAACAACAGCAGCAGCAGCAAUACAAUCGAAUACGAAUGUUCAAUCAACAAUAUCCUCGUUCGAUAUUGACAAUGAAGAAAGUCCGAAACCGAUGACGUACGAAGAGAAACGCCAAUUGAGUCUUGAUAUUAAUAAUCUACCGAGUGAGAAACUUGGUCCUGUUGUUGAGAUUAUUCAUCGUCGAGAACCAUCUCUACGUGAUUCAAGUCCGGACGAAAUGGAGAUCGAUUUUGAAAUGCUUCAUCCAGCAACCUUGCGUGAAUUAGAAGCAUAUGUAAACCAAAUUAUAAAACGUAAACCACGUAAACAACCGAAUACAUCUGAAAAAGCCGCACCUAAAGCAGCAUCAGCAGCUACUACUGAGAAACGUAAUCUUGCUAAAGCUCAAAAUGCACAAAAAAAAGAAGAAAUUCAAAAACGGCUAGAAAAAGUUCAAACACAACUAGGCACUAAAACCAAACAAUCAUCAGCUAGUUCAUUACUUAAACGAGAUUCUUCGAACUUCAAUUCAGUCGUUGGUGCUACAACUGGCCUAUCUAAUGCUCCUUCGAGUCAUCAUUCAUCCACAGCACCUGCUGCUCCCGUGUCAUCAAAACGUUUAAGUGAUAGUUCAGCAUCAGAAAGUGAUUCUGAUUCAUCACGCAAUGGAGACGAUACUGACUCCGAGUCAGGAUCUGUCUACACGAGGAGCAAAUUCGAACUAGUCAACAGCAGCGCCGACGAUGUCAAAUCAGCUGCUAAUGGAAACGCUGCUGCCGUUCUAUCAUCGAGAACAAAAGAUCAGGUUCAUGAGUUGGGCUCAAGUGGAACUGAUAGUGGCAAUAGAAUGAAUGAAACAAAUGACCGGCAAGCAAAUUUUCAUCUAGGAGGGAAUGAUGAUGAUCUUUCGAAUGAUUCACAACCACGAACUUCUCCAACAUCGAAACCGAUUGGCGAAAAUGAUCCCCUAAAAAGAAAUUCGAGUCUAUCGAAAUUAACUGGCACAAGUGUAUUAAAGAAAAAAGAUAACCCAUUAACAUUGGCAGCUAUGGCCGCUAGUACAUCGACAUCAUCAUCAACAGUCAAACCUGAUGAUAAAGUCGCCCAAGAUCGUUUUAUGCAAUAUCAAAAGCAAGCUAAGUUAAAAGCCGAACAAGAAAAAUUGUACAAAGAACAAGAAGCGAAAAAACGUGAAGAUGAGGCAAAACAAGCACGAUUAUCUGCUAGAAAAGAAACCAACGGUAAUCAUUCAAAUGAUACAAACUAUCGCAAUUCAACAAAUCAAAGUUCAGCAUCAACCUUAUCUGAUGCAUCUCCAUCGCCUCCAUCGAAUCUACAAAAUUCCCUGUCAUCGUCAUCUAUAAAUCCAUCCCAAGAUGCACCUAUGGACGAUAAACAACGACAAAAGCAAGAGAUUGCUCGACGACGCGAAGAAGAUCGUAGACGUCGCGAAUGUCAAGCAUUGAAUCAAUCUCUACCAUUCAAUCGUCACGAUGUUGAUUUUUCAUUUAUGAAGUGA